CUCGAGCAUCACCCCAGAAGUUGAUCCACAUGGCGGCUGUAGAUCCACUACUAUUCAGGAACCGCAAUCAUCACAUGAUCCCCCCGGAGCCACCAAAAAAAAGUAAAAGAAAAACAGCGAGACAGUACACUCAGCUUCAGAAAGGGGGUAAAGAGUCAUGGCCGAUAGCAAAGCUCCUCGAGAGCCACAGGAGCUUUACAUCUUGGUGACUGGUGCAAACAGCGGUCUUGGCUUUUCGAUAUGCUGUCGCCUCGCCGAUGAAUUCCUUUCUUCGCACCACUAUGACGACUCGCUCACGAUCAUCUUUACCACCCGGAGUGCACGCAAAGCGGAGGAUACCCGCCGUCGCCUGGAAGAUCACCUACAAUCCUCCUGUACCUCCACCUCGUCCAACGCCGCACGGGUGAAGUUCGUCUCCGAGAGCGUCGACCUAGGAGAUCUCCUCUCUGCACGCGCCCUCUCCCGCCGACUCCUACAGACAAUCCCCAAACUGGAUGCGACCAUCCUGAAUGCCGGAAUUGGGGGUUGGUCGGGAAUUGGCUGGCCCGAGGCUAUCUGGGGUUGCUGCACCGAUCUCCUCCACCAGGUGACAUGGCCGACAUACAAGCUAGCGCCCGUGGGAGUCUUGACGGGUAGACAGACGGAGGAGGAGGAGGAGCCAGCACUGGGAGCCGUGUUUUGCGCAAACGUGUUUGGGCAUUACAUGCUGGCGCAUAACGUGGCACCGCUCCUGAAGAAGGCCAAAUCUCCUAACGGACCAGGUCGUAUCGUCUGGGUGUCCAGUAUCGAGGCGACCAUCAAGUUUUUCGACGUCGAUGAUAUUCAGGCUCUACGGAACAAGAACCCCUACGAGUCCUCCAAGGCCCUAACCGACAUUCUGGCCCUGACUUCCGAUCAGCCCUAUACCGCCCCGUGGGCCGUGGAUAGCUUCCUGCGGUCCAACGACGAGACCGAAGAAAAGAAUCAGGUCACCGAGGAAACUACUCCAACCACGUAUCUCUCCCAUCCCGGUAUCUGCGCAACCUCCAUCGUCCCGCUUCCGCUCCCGCUGGUCUGGGCGAUGGUGGCUGCUUUUUGGAUUGCGCGUAUGCUCGGCUCCCCCUGGCACACUAUGUCCACCUAUCUCGGCGCCUGGUCCCCGGUGUUCCUCGCGCUGUCCUCGCAAGGCGCACUCGACGCCGCCGAAUCUCCGUACCGUCAGUCUGGCGGUGGCCGGGUGAAGUGGGGAUCCUCUGCGAACCGGUUAGGCGUCGGAAGUGUGUGCAGUACCGAGAUCGAUGGAUGGGGACACGGUGGUGUCGUCGGAACGCCUCCUGUUGAGGCUGACCGGAACCGUCUACGGAAGCGCGGCGCUAUUGAUUUGACUGGUGAGGCUAAGGAGAAUUUUGAGGAGCUUGGUCGUCAGUGUUGGAAGCAGAUGGAGGAGCUGCGAAUUAAAUGGGAUGCCAUCCUGGAUCGAGCUGAGAAGGACAAGUCUGUGGCUGUGGCUGCGGCUGACACUGAGACUGCUCAGUGAGUCUAAGACAAUACGCGGGAGUCUGGGGCUAAUCUGGACAUUGUCAGCCUCGGCUCGCAUACAUUCAUCUUCAUGCUUCAUGCCAUGAUCCGAUUGCUGGACAACUAUCAUCUGUAGACACUCAUAAACGACAUGUACACAAUACUCUAAUCCAAUAAUACCUUACAAAAUCAUUUGUACCGAGUAACUGCAAUAGCAAUUGGAUUUGCAUCUUUCUUUUUAAGGUUUCGUGUCCCAAUUAUUUACAUCUGCAAAACCCGCCCCGCGCCCAUGAUAUCAUUAAAACAGGUAGAGCAUGAUUUUCUUUGCCCGCCAUUUUCCGAAAGAGAACAAACAGCAACAAAAACAAUAGAAAGCGCAAAAGGGAGCGGGGAUGUAGACAGAUAAGGAGCAGAGCUUGGACGACUGCAACUGUAAUAGAUGGUUGAAAAGGGAGAAGAGCUCUGACGCAAACAAGAGACUAAAAAGGGAUAAUUGUCGCAAAUAGCCGAAGAGAAUCGUGCAUCUCCACCAUCUAGGUUUUGGGAUGAUAUCGAUUAUCGGGGAGAUACGAAUAGAAAGGGGGUUAAAAGAAAAAGUCUGCGAACGCAAUAGCGGGAGCAGAUCACGCAGAAAACGACUCCGGAUCCAUGCAUCAAGACAGGGAGGAAGGAAGGUAUCGGGAAGACGAGGAGAGGUGAGUGAGGGACGUGUCGACGUGAGGGGUAAAGGAAAGGAGAUUACAUGAUAAUCGCGGGAACUAUUGAGAAACUGUUAGCUUACUUGAAACCACUUCCUGAAUAUGACAAGGCAAUAGGCUUACCAUCAAUGUUCUGCUUGAUGCUCUUGUGUGGCAGGAUAGAGCCACCGUUGACGUAUACCUCAUCAGCAAUGGUCACGUCGUCACCCAGGACAGUGACGUUCUCCAGACGAGCCCAGCGGCCGACGGAGCUGUUCCAUCCAACGAUGGUAGACUUGAUCCAGGCGUGGUCCUUGACCUUGGAGUUCUCCAUCACGACACAACGCUGGAGGCGGACACCGUCACCAAUGACGACGUUGGGGCCGAUGACCACAUUGGGGCCAAUACGGCAGUUGUUUCCAAUCUUCGCCGAGGGGUCAACCAUAACGUUGCCGCCGUGGACGUAAGGUUCAGAGUUUGAAGCCAGCUUCUUCGAGUUGCGCUUGGCCAGGGAGGUGAGGUACAGGCAGGUACCGGUGAGGAAAUCCUUGGGCUGACCAACGUCCAUCCAGAAGCCCUCGAGGUCGAAAGAGUGGAGCUGGCCAUCCUUGCAGAUUGCGGGGAAUGUCUCCUGCUCGAUGGAGGUCGGGCGAAGUUCGAUGCGCUUGAGGACGCUGGGGUUCAUGAUGUAGAUACCGGCGUUGAUCCGGUUGCCAACGAACUCGACGGGUUUCUCGACGAAGCGGUCAAUGCGCGAGGGGUGAUUAGGCUUGUGGACGACGACACCGUACUUGGAGGGCUCGUCGACCUUGGUGACGACGAUGGUACCCUCCUGACCGUGGGAGCGGUGGAACUCGGCGAGCUCCUUGAAGGGGUAGUCGCAAAUAACAUCGGAGUUGAGGACGAAGAAAGGCGAGUCGUCCUUGGCCAGGAUCUUCUCGGCCAGCUUCAGCGGGCCAGCGGUGCCCAGAGGUUCCGACUCGACGGAGAACUCAAUGCGAACAUUAUAUUGCUCCUCGUACUUCUUCAGGGCGGAGACCAUCACAUCGGGGCGGUAGUUGACAGCCAAGACAAUAUCGGUGACACCGGCAGCAGCCAAGCUCUCGACCUGGUGCAGAAUCAUGGGGCGAUUGCCGAACUCCACCAGCGGCUUAGGGAGGGUGAGG